CCAUAUGCUAAAAGCUCUCAUGAACGGAAUGUUGGAUAAUUGAUUGUGAUCCCCAAAGAAAUUGUAUUUUUUUUCUACUGGAUUACAAAUACUGAGCAUCUAAAAGAGAGCUGCUUUGGAAAACUGAGUCUGAAAAUGGCUGCAAUGAAUACAAGACAAGCACAGACAUACAAUGGAAUCAGAUGGCAAGUAUUAUUCUCUUUCAUAUUUUCCUGGCUUUAUCAAUCAGCUUCUGCUCAGCUUCAUUAUUCUAUCUUUGAAGAAAUGAGAAAAGACUCUGUAAUAGCAAAUAUUGCAAAAGACAUCGGAUUAGAAGUGAAGGAGCUCUCAUUGAGAAAACCUCGAAUUGUUUCUCAUAUUUCAGAAAAAUAUUUUUAUGUAAAUUUGGAAAAUGGAAAUUUAUAUGUUAAAGACAGGAUAGAUAGAGAGGCACUGUGUGAAAUAUCAGAAUCUUGCUUCUUAAUGUUUGAUGCUGUGGUUGCAAAUCCCUUAAAUGUUUUCAGUGUGAAAAUUGAAAUUCAAGAUAUUAAUGAUAAUGCUCCAACAUUUUUACAUGAUGUCAUUAUUUUAGAAAUGACAGAAUUUACUUCACCAGGUGCAAGAUUUGUUUUACAAAAUGCUGAGGAUCCAGAUAUAGGUAUUAAUUCUGUACAUACAUACAAGCUUAGUGAUAAUGAGUAUUUUACACUGAGUAUAAAGACAGGCAGUGAUGGUAGCAAAUUUCCUGAACUUGCAUUAGAAAAACCUUUAGAUCGUGAGACACAAAAUAUUCAUGAAUUAAUAUUAACAGCCUUAGAUGGAGGAAAUCCUGUACAAUCUGGCACUGCUUUAAUCAAGAUAGUUGUUACUGAUAUCAAUGAUAAUAUCCCUGUAUUUACACAAGAGGUAUAUACAGUGAGCAUCAAUGAAAAUACUCCAAUCAACUCUACAGUACUUUGUGUAACUGCAACUGACAAAGAUGAAGGUUCUAAUGGACAAAUCACAUAUUCAUUUAGCAAAAUUUCAGAAAAUGUUCUUCAUAUAUUUAGCAUUGAUCCUACAAAUGGGGAAAUUAAAAUUAGGAGAAUCUUAGAUUUUGAGAUUACAAAAAAAUAUGAAAUGUCUGUUCAAGCAAAGGAUGGAGGAGGCCUAGUUGCAUAUUGUAAAGUUUUAAUAGAAAUAAUUGAUGUCAAUGACAAUUCACCUGGGAUAUCUGUUGCAUCAGUAUCUACACCAAUACCAGAGGAUUCUCUGCCUGGCACAGUGAUUGCAUUAAUUGAAGUUCAUGAUCACGACUCAGGUGAAAAUGGUGAUGUUGACUGCCAUAUAAGAGGACCAGUACCCUUUGAAUUAAUACUGACUUCUGGGAGGUACUACAAAAUAGUUACUACACAAGCUAUGGACAGAGAGAAGGAAUCAAGUUAUAACAUCUCUGUUGUAGCUGCUGAUAGAGGAAAGCCUUCACUUUCUAGUGAGAUAAAUAUUAAGAUAGAGAUAUCAGAUGUUAAUGAUAAUCCACCAGUAUUUAUGAAAUCAUCAUAUGAUCUCUAUAUACCAGAAAAUAAUUUACCAGGAGCAUCAAUAUAUAGAAUACAUGCUUCAGAUCCUGAUUCUGGAGAAAAUGCUAAAAUUGUUUAUUACAUAUCUAGUUCUGAUACAGAGGAAUUUUCUAUGGACUCUUAUUUUUCUAUUAAUCUAGAGACAGGAGCUCUCUAUGCUCAGCGAUCAAUUGAUUAUGAGCAGCACAAGGAUUUUCGAAUCCAAAUAAUGGCAAGAGACAGUGGUUCUCCAUAUUUAAGCAGCAAUGCAACAAUAAUUAUCCAUGUAGUUGAUCUUAAUGAUAAUGCACCAAAAGUGUUGUACCCUUCCUCAGAAAGUAGUGGAUCAGGUGUGUUUGAAAUGGUACCUCUCACUUCUCAACAAGGCUCAUUGAUUACAAAGGUGGUAGCAGUAGAUGCAGACUCAGGACACAAUGCUUGGCUAUCUUAUCAUUUCAUACAAGUGUCAGAACCUUCACACUUUACCAUUGAUCAGCAUACUGGUGAAAUCAGGACAUUUCGUGUUUUUCAAGAGAAGGAUAUUUUCAAGGAGAAAAUGGUGGUUAUGGUCAAGGACAAUGGAAGUCCAUCUUUAUCAGCAACAGUUACUUUAAGCCUAGUUGUUACUGACAAUUUUCAACAGAUCAUUCCCAAACUAAGUAAUCAACUCAGCAGUGAUGAUUCAAAAUCUAAUUUGCAAAUAUAUUUAGUAGUAGCUCUGGCUUUAAUUUCUUUUUUAUUUUUAUUAACAAUUAUGUUGGUAAUAAUAACAAAGUGUAAAGAAUCAAAGUCUUCCACAUCCUUUGGAUCUUACAAUACAAACUUAUAUUCUCAAGUUGAUCCCAGAAUGCUUUCUAAAUAUAACAAUGGGACAUUGACGCUGCCCUACUCAUACAAUGUCUGUGUGGCUGUAGAUACAAGUGAAAAUGACUUUAGAUUUGUGAAACCAGACCAAAACAUCACAAUAGACAAUCUUAUUGAUGCUGAUGAUUCAGGGCUUGGAAACGAAAAUCUAAAAGAAGUUUUUCCUUCUAGCAGUCUUGAACUGACGGAAUGUUGGAUAAUUGAUUGUGAUCCCCAAAGAAAUUGUAUUUUUUUCUACUGGAUUACAAAUACUGAGCAUCUAAAAGAAAACUGCUUUGGAAAACUGAGUCUGAAAAUGGCUGCAAUGAAUACAAGACAAGCACAGACAUACAAUGGAAUCAGAUGGCAAGUAUUAUUCUCUUUCAUAUUUUCCUGGCUUUAUCAAUCAGCUUCUGCUCAGCUUCAUUAUUCUAUGUUUGAAGAAAUGAGAAAAGACUCUUUUAUUGCAAAUAUUGCAAAAGACAUUGGAUUAGAAGUGAAGGAGCUCUCAUUGAGAAAACCUCGAAUUGUUUCUCGUAUUUCAGAAAAAUAUUUUUAUGUAAAUUUGGAAAAUGGAAAUUUAUAUGUUAAAGACAGGAUAGAUAGAGAGGCACUGUGUGAAACAUCAGAGUCUUGCUUCUUAAUGUUUGAUGCUGUGGUUGCAAAUCCCUUAAAUGUUUUCAGUGUAAAAAUUGAAAUUCAAGAUAUUAAUGAUAAUGCUCCAAAAUUUUUACAUGAUGUCAUUAUUUUAGAAAUGAUUGAAUCUACUUUAGUAGGUGCAAGAUUCAUUUUACAAAAUGCUGAGGAUCCAGAUAUAGGUAUUAAUUCUGUACAGACAUACAAGCUUAGUGACAAUGAGUAUUUUACACUGAGUAUAAAGACAGGCAGUGAUGGUAGCAAGUUUCCUGAACUUGCAUUAGAAAAACCUUUAGAUUGUGAGACCCAAAAUAUUCAUGAAUUAAUAUUAACAGCCUUAGAUGGAGGAAAUCCUGUACAAACUGGCACUGCUUUAAUCAAGAUAGUUGUUAUUGAUAUCAAUGAUAAUAUCCCUGUAUUUACACAAGAAGUAUAUAAAGUGAGCAUCAAUGAAAAUACUCCAAUCAACUCUACAGUACUUUCUGUAAGUGCAACUGAUAAAGAUGAAGGUUCUAAUGGACAAAUCACAUAUUCCUUUAGCAAAGUUUCAGAAAAUGUUCUACAUAUAUUUAGCAUUAAUGCUACAAAUGGGGAAAUUAAAAUUAAGAGAUGCUUAGAUUUUGAGAUCACAAAAAAAUAUGAAAUGUCUGUUCAAGCAAAGGAUGGAGGAGGCCUAGUUGCAUAUUGUAAAGUUUUAAUAGAAAUUAUUGAUGUCAAUGACAAUUCUCCUGAGAUAUCUGUUACAUCAGUAUCUACACCAAUACCAGAGGAUUCUCUGCCUGGCACAGUGAUAGCACUAAUUGAAGUUCAUGAUCAAGAUUCUGGUGAAAAUGGUGAUGUUGACUGCCACAUAAGAGGAGCAGUACCUUUUGAAUUAAUACUGACUUCUGGGAGGUAUUACAAAAUAAUUACUACACAAGCUAUGGACAGAGAGAAGGAAUCAAGUUAUAGCAUCUCUGUUUUAGCUGCUGAUAGAGGAAAUCCUUCACUUUCUAGUGAGAUAAAUAUUAAGAUAGAGAUUUCAGACGUUAAUGAUAAUCCACCAGUAUUUAUGAAAUUAUCAUAUUUUCUCUAUAUAGCAGAAAAUAAUUUACCAGGAGCAUCAAUAUAUAGAAUACAUGCUUCAGAUCCUGAUUCUGGAGACAAUGCUAAAAUUGUUUAUUACAUAUCUAGUUCUGAUACAGAGGAAUUUUCUAUGGACUCUUAUUUUUCUAUUAAUCUAGAGACAGGAGAUCUAUAUGCUCAGCGAUCAAUUGAUUAUGAGCAGCACAAGGAUUUUCGAAUCCAAAUAAUGGCAAGAGACAAUGGUUCUCCAUAUUUAAGUAGCAAUGCAACAUUAAUUAUCCAUGUAGUUGAUCUUAAUGAUAAUGCACCAAGAAUUUUGUACCCUUCCUCAGAAAGUAGUGGAUCAGGUGUGUUUGAAAUGGUACCUCUUACUUCUCAACAAAGCUCCUUAAUUACUAAAGUGGUAGCAGUAGAUGCAGACUCUGGACACAAUGCUUGGCUAUCCUAUCAUUUUAUACACAUUACUGAACCAUCUCACUUUACCAUUGAUCAGCAUACUGGUGAAAUCAGGACAGCGCAUGUUUUUCAAGAGAAGGAUAUUUUGAAGGAAAAAAUGGUGGUUAUGGUUAAGGACAAUGGAAACCCAUCUCUAUCAGCAACAGUUACUUUAAGUCUUAUUGUUACUGACAACUUUCAACAGAUCAUUCCCAAACUUAGAAAUCAACUCAGCAGUGAAGAUUUAAAAUCUAAUUUGCAAAUAUACUUAGUAGUAGCUCUGGCUUUGAUUUCUUUUUUAUUUUUAGUAACAGUUAUGUUGGUAAUAAUAACAAAGUGUAAAGAAUCAAAGUCUUCCACAUCCUUUGGAUCUUACAAUACAAACUUAUAUUCUCAAGUUGAUCCCAGAAUGCUUUCCAAAUAUAGCAAUGGAACUUUGACGCUGCCCUACUCAUACAAUGUCUGUGUGGCUGUAGAUACAAGUGAGAAUGACUUUAGAUUUGUGAAACCAGACCAAAACAUCACAAUAGACAAUCUUAUUGAUGCUGAUGAUUCAGGGCUUGGAAAUGAAAAUCUAAAAGACGUUUUUCCAUCUAGCAGUCUUGAACUGCAGGCACAACCUAACACAGACUGGCGUUUUUCACAGGCUCAAAGACCCGGGACUAGUGGAGCUCAGCCAACAGAAGAAGCUGGAGUGUGGCCAAAUAACCAGUUUGAAACAGAAAGACUUCAAGCGAUGAUCUUGGCAUCGGCAAAUGAAGCUGCUGAAGGUGCGUCAGCUCUAGGUGGAGGAACAGGCACUAUGGGUCUAAGUGCUCGUUAUGGACCCCAAUUCACCCUGCAGCAUGUACCCGACUACAGACAGAACAUCUACAUCCCAGGAACCACCUCAACACUCACUAAUGCGGCUGGCAAACGUGAUGGUAAAGGUGCUGGACCAUCAGGAAACAAGAAGAAAUCUGGCAAAAAGGAAAAGAAGUAAUAAUUAACACUACAAAGGUGUUAAAAUGAAAAUGUCCCAGCGAGAAUCCCAAGAGAUGUUUAAUGUCAUCUUUUAAAAGAGAUAUAGAAGAAGAAUACAAUAAUGUGUAAUGAUAUGUGUCAUUAUCAGAGCUAGUAGAGGUUAAUUCUACUAUUGGAGCUAAUGAUGAAAACAUAAAUGUGGACAUUUGAAUAAAGUGCCCUGGCAAUAUUAAUCAAUAUUUUGUAAUGACAUUGUCAUUAUGCUUUUAAGGUUAGGUCUUAGCCAAUAUUAAACAUGGUUUCUACAAAUUAGUAGGACUUACACACUCAGACUAGCAUGUGGUUUCCCACACGCAUACCUGUGGAACUUCCAGUGUAUAUAGUAUCUGCUUAAUAGUUAUUUAUAAUUUAUAUGCAUAAGAGAAUUUGUGAAAGAUUCCAGACUUGUCAACCCACAUUCCAAAGCUUUAUUACUAUAUUUUCACACAAAACAAUUACUGUUUCCAUAAACCGUUGCAUUUUUUUUUCUGUUUAAUAGUUAAAAUGCUUUAGUUCCUUGGACAAACGACUUUAGAGACCCUUCAGCAAUGAGCCAUUGAAAGAAAGAAAUUAUAUGAACUGAACCAGAGGAAAAAAGUGACUUGUUAUAAAGGAUUAUGUAAAAUAUCGCUGUAAUUAUUGCAUAUACAAUAAUGAAAACAUGUACAUACAGUAUAUAUUUGAUGCUGUAGUGUUUUUAUGUGUUGUUUCUCAAAAAGAAAAAAAAAAUGUUGAAGGCUUAAGUAAACCAAUUAGACAGUUUGGAGACCUUUCUUUAGAGCUGAGGAAAUAAUUGCAAAUUAAAGAGUACUUUAAAAUGAUUUCUAUUUCCACAAAUAGAUCUGCAUGUCUAAUGUUCACUUGGUAUUUGCAUUUUCAUUGGAGCAAAGAAUGUUUGUUGCAUGUAAAUAUCCAGCAUGAAGUUAUUCAUUCUUUAUUUAGAAUGGUAAAUAAGUGAGCCUGUUUAGUCCAGGUCAAAAAGUUUAGGGUUAGUAAAUUAGAUGACUGAAAUGAAGAGAGAAAAUUGUACACAAAGCUAUUUGUCUAGAAACAGAGAAACAAAUGUUUUGCUAAUACUCUUUACCAACUAAUCAGAUAGGCCUUUGUAUACUGGAAAAAGAGAUGUUAUGGACCAGUUAAUUUAUUAUUUUUAUUACAUUUUAUGUGUAAAGUGCCAUCAAAUUCAGUUUUACUUCAUUUGAAUACUUUUGUAUUUCUUUUAGAUGCUAUAUAGAGAUCCAUAAUAGAGAUCUAAUCACAGGGAGAAAUGCGUGCGAUAAAUUAGAAUACAAUUAUUUUGAUUCAUUUUUUCGUUUUACUUUAUUUAGUCCAAAAUAAAAUUCCAGUAUCCUUCACCAAUGGGAUAAUAUAAAAUAGGUAAGAAGGAUUGGACAAAAAUGAAGGGCAACUGAAGUAGUUUAAUCAUUUUUAGAAAUUGUGAUUUUUAGGUAUUUAGAAUAAGAUCGUUUAACUAGAAAUGUUAAUUGGUUUAUUUUGUUUGUUUUUUUGUUUUAUUACAAUUUUUUGUUGUUUUUCAACAUUAAAAGUUAAGUAGCUGCUAGUAGUAAACAGCCUACACUUAUUACUCAUUUUCCGUGACAAUCAUGUUUUCUGAUACAUCUAUACCUUUUUAUCAGCAUGCAAGAGAAUAUUGCUUAACUUUAUGAAGCCGUUAUCAUAACUAUGGUAACUCUAUAGAUGUUUUUUUGCUUUUAAUAAACAAUCUACUUAUAUGGCAUCUUUCAGGUGUUAAUAUUUUUAACAGAUCUGGCAGCAAAUGGGUGUGUGUAACAGAUUGCUGCAAAUGCAAUGAAGCCACAAGACUUGUGGGAGUUAUUGUUUUUUUAUAUUUAAAGCACUAUACACUAACCUCCACUCACUUUGCCUUUUAAUGUCUACACUUAUGUAGACAGUUGAAAUAAAAUAUGGUACCAUCUCAUGGGAUACUACAAUGUUACUUUUAAUAUAGCUUUUACUGACAUAUAAAGCAGUCACAUGAGUAAUUUAGGUGUAGGAUACAUUUUGCUGUUUUGAUUUAUUUGUAACAUAACAUUCAUUGUAGAGUAGCUUUUGUUGUAAAAUAGUAAUGUGAUAUUUCAUCCCUGUAGCUAACUUGUGAACAGCAGUAUUUUACUUCCCCCUGUACCUUUCUGUGUGGUUUGUGAUAUAAAUGUUCAUGAAAUGAAAUGCACCUGUCCUAUGAAUGUGUCUUAUACUAAACUGUACUUACAUAUAAUAACUAUGCUUUCACCCUUCUUAUAUUCAUGUAGAUUAAUGUCAAUGUAUAACACGCAAGUUUUAUACUCGGAUAUUUAUAUUGCUUUUCUUUCUUUGGAACAAAAAAUAAAUAAAAUGUUUUCUUCCAAAAA